AUAAAAAGUAUUGAAUAAUGAUUUCAAUAAAUAAACUUUUAUUAAACCCUAUACAUAAAAAUAAUAAUAUAUAUAAAACAUUAUCCAAAACAUUGUUAUUUAAUAAUACAAAUGCUCUCAGCCCAAUAACAACAAACAAUGAUAAAUAUUAUUUAAAUAAAUCAAACUUUGCAUCAAAAAACUACAAAACCUAUAAAAACUUUAAAGAUCAAAGAAAAUUUUAUGAAGAGGAGUAUAAAAAGCAAAAACAACAAGAAAAGUAUUACAGAGAGGCUCAUGAACAACAACAAAAGCAUUACAAAGAGUCUCAUGAACAACAACAACAGCAGCAGCAAUACCAACAGGAGAAACCAAAUCCUAUUAUGAUACCAAUAUUUAAAAUUCUUUUCAAAUUAUUAGGUACAAUAUUAUUUGGUUGGUUAAGAAAGAAAUUCUCACCAACUGAAUAUAAAGAAUUAUUUAAUUUCACAACUGAAACUUUACGAAAACAAAAAAUUUUAAUUCAAGAUGCUAUUGGUGGUAAUCAACCAUUGGUUUUAUCUAAAGAGCCAAAACUUAUUUCGACAUCAUUUAUUCCACGUCAUUCACAGUUUAUGAAUCAAGAGGAUCAAGUUAUGAUGGUUUGCGAAAUACCUUUAUUAAAAUCACAUAAUGAUAUUCAAUCAUUACACACUGUAACACUAGCUGAAUCGUUACCAGAUGUCGUGGUCGAAGAGUCAUUUCCUUGGAAUUUAUUUACCCCAACCAAAACUAUAAAAUCUGCAAGACCCAUCCGUGUAACUUUACUUAUUGAAAAUUAUAUAGACAAUCCAUAUUUAUUCGUUUUCAGCCAAAAGAGGGAAUUAAUACUAUACGAAAGUGCUGAACACUCUACAAAUAAAAGUAGUUAUGACGAAUACGAUGUUUUUGAAGGUAAUACUACUCAAAACAACAUGUAUCAAGAGGAGGAGGAAGAGGACGAAAAUGGUCAACAUUAUCAAGAAAAACAUCAAAAUAGAAAUUAUCAAAACAAUUCUAGAUAUAAUAAUCAUAAUAACAGAAAACAAAAUGAAGGUGAUACUAUUGUAUUGGAUCCAAAAGAUUUCCGUGAAGUAACAAAUAAAAAGAAAUAA